AUGGAUAUUCCAGAUCCAAUUCCUGCUAACUUGCAUAAUUUAGAUUUAUCAUAUGCUAUUGAUACAUUUCAAGUUGGCAGUUAUAAAAUGGAAGAUCUUCCUCCAACAUUACCUGUAUUCAAUAGAAAAACUGGAAGUAUUAUGAGGAAUGUUAAAGGAAGAAGAGUAACAAGUAUGCCCAUAUUGUCAAGUAACUCUAAAUGUUUACCAGAAUUACCAUCUAAAACUGAAGCUGAAUUAGGAAUGGAACUACAUAUGAAGAGAUCUGUAUCAAUGUUUCCACAAAACAACCAUCUGCAAGAAUCCUUCAAGGCUCAAUCCCUAGAAAGUACCAAGGUCGAUAAGGACCUGAUUUCUGCGACUGCGAAAAGUGCGCCAAUUACUGAAGAGACUGAUAGUCUUUUCUCUCGAACCAGCAUUAUGGAUUCUACGUCUGCAUCAUCUGUGCCAAGUAACGAGUAUACAGAAAUUAGCAUAAACUCAAGAAAGAUCAUUUUCGAAUUAAAUGACAAUUUUAUUGAUGACAGCUCAUCAAGCAUAUAUUCAGAAGUUAAUGAGAUUGAGGAUGAUACUUUGGAAGAGAUAUAUGCAGUGGAGAUGUGUCUAGAAGAGCCUGAAUUGGGUAGUAUUUUUGAUAGAAUAAGCUUAGGUGAUAGUUUAUGGGAUUCUGAUAAAGAAAGCGUGAAAGGUCAGCCAACAACAGGAAGCUAUGCAAGCACUUCUAUUUUAGAGUAUUACAAUACUCCUAGCACCGAGAAAGUUGGAGUUCAUACAUCUUCUAAGCAGAUAAAUUUAUCCCUGAUUGAUUGUAAGAAAGUUCUUCCUAGCUUACCACAUUCUCCGGUCGAUAAUGGCCUAGUAUUACCUAAAGUGAGAAAGACUAGAAUAACAAGGCCAGCAUCAAUGUUCUCUAUGACAAAUCAGAGUAAUUUUUCAACAUUUACAGGAUCAAAAAGUGUACAUGAAAGUAAACGAGAUAUGAAAGUGGCUAUCAAUGGUUCUAUCGACGUUUGUCUCGAUUCUAGUAAUGAUUACAGUUAUUCGAGGUAUUCUAUCGGAACAUCUAAACCUAGAGCUACAUCUACAUCAUUUUUGAGCCCUACUUUGAGUAGCGUGAACACCUCCUACUCAAACGUGAUUUCACCAAGAGCAUCUACACAACAUUUUAAUACAUCCAAACCAAGAGCAUUGUCUACAAAUCUCAUGAAUACUACCCAGUAUCGUGGUAUUAAAACUAUACCCCAAGACGAGGAAUCGUCUGCUGAAUCACGUAAGCCCAAUGUAGGACGCUCGGUAUCUGCAUUCCUAGCAUCGACAUUUAGAGCGUUCAGUUCAGAAUUAAGUACAAUCACGAAAAAAUAA